GAGCCUGUUUGCAGUUUGUAAUUGUCUACUACGUGGAGCUCAGUUACCGGCUAUACAAUAAAUAUGAUUCUGGCACUUGGCCUUUUAUGAGGGCAUAAAACCAUAAGGAACAAGAAAAAGAACAGGUAUUGGUAGGGAUUCGUUCCAAACUCACCGGCAUAAUUCAUACACGUUACAAUAACGUUUUAUGACGGGUUGUAUACACAAAAAAACAAAACAACGAUACCUUUCUGCAUGACACUUUCAAAAAGGAACGAUUUUGCGAUUUCGGAAGUAUAAGAUCUAUUGGUUGUCACGUUUGUACUGUGCGUAUAUAUUAAUCAUUGACCUCAUUUAAUAACAGUACUAUUUGGAGAAGAAUGUUGGGCUUAAAAACAAUCUUUUUGAAUACUGCUACAAAUUUGGUGGUCAAUCGUUGCUUUGCUUUAAAACUUUAUACUGGAAGUUGUUGGGCUUCGUCUGUCCAUCCAAAGACAAGCAUGUCUUUCGAAGCAGAGAAACAAAAGUUCUUAAGUAUGCCAUUGGAAGAGAAGCAAAAGUUCUACAAGUCAGAAAUUACAACUGUCAAUCAAAUUCCAACAUGGCUUGAAUAUUGGACAAAGAAUAAGGACAACAUUGCAAUAACUACUUUGGAAAAGGUUGAAAAAGUUGACGAUAAGUUGGCUAAUAAGAUUUGUAUAUGGCAGGGAGAUAUUACUACUUUGGCAAUCGAUGCUAUUGUCAAUGCUGCAAAUUCAAGCCUGCUAGGCGGGGGUGGUGUGGAUGGAGCAAUUCACAGAACUGCUGGGCCGAAUUUAAAGCGGGAGUGUGCGACGUUGGGUGGCUGUCGUGUUGGAGAAGCUAAAAUUACAGGGGGUUACAAAUUACCAGCUAAGUAUGUGAUCCACACUGUGGGUCCUCAGGGUGAGAAACCGGACAACCUACGUGAAUGUUAUGAAAACAGUCUUACAUUGACUAAAGAAAAUGGAUUGCGCACUAUUGCAUUUCCUUGUAUAUCGACUGGAAUUUAUGGUUAUCCUCAACGGCCUGCCGCAAAAGUGGCAAUAUCCACGGUUAAGAAGUUCCUUCUUCAGAAUGAAGAUAGUAUCGACAGAGUUAUCUUUUGCCUAUUCCUCAAGACGGAUAAGGACAUAUACGAAGAGCUGCUACAAAAAUAUUUCGGCAUCGAUUAAACAAGAUUGAAAGAUCUCUGUACACAUUUACAGUCUGAACUGAUAUAUUGUUUUGGUUCUGAAAUAGAGUACAAAUACAUUUAACAGUAAUAUAAGAAAUUCAUGUAAGCAUAUUCGGAUAAUGAAUUUCUUCUCUUGAC